CUAAAGUCCAGUAUUCUCAUCCUUGCAGCAAGGAUUCAGAGAUGAAAGAUAAAAAUGCAGGUUAGAUUGUCUUUACUGCUGAAAGUGUGGAUCUGUCUUUCUUUGAGACAAGGUCUCGCUGUGUGGCUCCAGCUGGCCUAGAACUUGCCUAGGAGACCAGGCUGGCCUUAGAGUCAGAGAUUCACGUGUCUUUGCCUUGAGAGUUCUGGGUCUACAGGUGUGGGCACCAUCAGCCUGCGGGUCUGUUCUCACAGUUCUGCAGUGCCAUGAGGCUUGCCACAGUCCUUGUCUUCUGCUCUUUGUUCAUGGGAGUCAGUGGUGAUGGCUGGUAUUCGUUCUUCAAGGAGGCCAUACAAGGGACUUGGGACUUGUGGAGAGCCUAUCGGGACAAUGUAGAAGCCAAUUAUCCAAACUCAGACAGAUACUUUUCUGCUCGAGGAAAUUUUGAGGCUCAACAGAGGGGAGCUGGAGGCAUCUGGGCUGCUAAAAUAAUCAGCACCAGCAAGAAAUACUUUCAAGGCCUCCUAAACCGGUAUUAUUUUGGAAUGAAAAACUUUGGACUGGAAAGCCUGGAGUCUACCAAGAAAGCCGAGGAAUGGGGCCGAAGUGGCAAGAACCCUAAUUACUUCAGACCCAAUGGCCUCCCUGAGAAGUUCUGAGCCUCCUACACAGGCUGCCCUGAGGGGACUAGGCCAUAAGACAUAUUCCCCUCCACAUGACAGUAUGUCCUUGUUCUCGGUGUCCACAGGAUCCACAGAGAAUCUAGAGAUAGCCAACAAGUACUUUGCGAAUGGAAUUUGUUGAUGGAUAUUGGGAACUCUCAGAAAUAUUUUCUGCGAAGAAUUGCUAUGUAUCAUCACACAGAAAACAAGUAGAGGAAGAGCUGUGACUGGGCCCCAGUCUAAAGCCAGGCAGGCCCCUCACACAGCCCCAGCCAAUCUGCUCCAGCUAUUAACCCUAUCAGCUUCCCCUGUCAAGCAGACUUUGCUAGCAAAGCACUGCCAACCUAGUCAGGCUUCUCUGCAAGCAAAAUUUGCUCUCAAUGUGCUCUGGUCUGCUGACCACCAGUUUCCUCCUUGAUAUAGAUCAGAUGUGUGUCCCAACCCCCAACAUCUUCUGGUCAUACCUGGGCCUCUCUGUUUUUGUCAUGGUUGUUCCCAGGCUUUUCUGUGUAGUGAUGCCACUCUGCCUUAUCAGUCACAUGCUGUGCAUGGUCUGACUCCAGACCUUGUCACUUGUGGCCCCUUCUCAUAUAGAGAAGAAACUGCUUUGAGAAAGCCUCAUCCUACCCUAGGAAUCCUAUCCUAGACACUGCACUGAGGACCACAGGUAGAUCCCAGUUUAGGAGUGCCUGCAUAACGCGCAUGAAUCCCUAGAGAUAUCCCUAGAGCUGUAAAAACCUGGUGAUGGUACACACUUAUAUUCCUGGCACUGGGGUUGGUAGAGGCUCACCGACCAGAAGCUCAAGGCCAGCCCUGGUUGUAUUGUAAGUUGAGGCUAGCCUGGGAUAUAUGAUACCCUGUGUCACAAUAAGGCACACACACACACACACACACACACACACACACACACACACACACUGUUUUCUCACAGGGAAGGUUAUCAGAAACACACCAUGUAGAGGUGAAAAAUCAAAGCCUGAAAGAUGCACACUUAUGUACACACUGGCAAGAAAAACAUGGUUCCAAUUCGACUAAGAUAAUGGGUUCUUAUCAUUCAGAUCCUUUAUAUUACACUCAAUGAAAAUAUAUCUUAUUAAUAUAA